UUCUAGAGAGAGAAAACAUUAGGGUUUGGCAUUAACCAUCUUCCGCGCCGCCGCUCUCUGCUUCCCUUCUCACACGUCGGCGUUCGUUGCUUCCCGCUCUCCCCCGGAGGCGUUCCUUCGAGGUCAGUUCCUCUGCCCUGCUAUUCCAUGUCUAUCGAGUCGUCCUCUGUUCGCACGUCCGAGGCCGUGCGCGAGCUCGGGCUCGACAGUCAUGGGUCCGGGGCUCAGGGCGACCGAGCGGAGCAGCCGGGUUCCCCGUCCGUUGAGGAGAUCACGGCUGUCGAGGUGCCCGGGGUUAGUGAGCCUCGCCUCCAGAAACAAACAUUGCUCGUGGACUCGCUCAUCCGCGAGUGCAAGUGCGACUUGUCGAGUGACGAGUUUCUCAGGGUGGUGCGCUACGCCGGCCCCCUUGUCACCGUCCGUCGCCCUACCCCGGAUGAGCCAGUCUUCGACGCUCCUCCGGGCUACUUUGCCAUCCAUCUCAAGUCCCUUGAGAGCGGCUUCCGCUUCCCCCUCGAAUCUUUGGUCAUCGACUUCUUCAAUUACUUUGACUUCCUCCUGUGCCAACUGGUGCCGAACUCCUACUGGUACUUAGCGGGGUUCUUGAUCCGCUGCCGGGAGAUGGGCGUGCGAGUCGACCUUGAGCGCCUAAUGACUUUGUUCCGAGUGGCAAAGUCUUCCGGGUCGGACGGGGGUUCUUUCGCCGCCCUAUGCCAGCGGCAAGAGAGACUUUUUAAAACCAAGAAGGAAUCCAACAAGACUUGGAAGUCCAAGUUUGUCUUCGUCUCCGUGGGGUCAACCUCCCCCUUCCGAGAGUCCCCCCUCAGUUCUUUUCGUAGACGAUCCAAACCCUUUGCCUCUUCCAAGGCUAUCGCUGAUACAGACAAGUUGUGUUCGGGUGGCCCCUACGAGCCCGGGGUCUUAGUGAAUGACGAGGCUCUGUCCAAGUUUGGGUUCGUCUUCCAUGAUGAGGACGAGCCCAAGCGCCGGGUUGUCCAGAGUCAGCUUGAAGAAGGACCCUCAGGUGAAAUCAUGAUCUUCGCGGCCGAUAGGAAGAAGCUGUUCAAGUCCAAGCCGCGAUCGGAGUCCGGCAAAGAACGACCUCCGCUUCCAACUCCCACACCGUCCGCCGAGCAUGCCCAGGCGAGUAAGAAGCGCAAGGAUGUGAGCUCCUCGAUGGAAGGGGCUUCGCUGAGCAGGGCGAGGUCUCCACCCUCGCGCUCGGUGGACUGCGGAAACCCAGCCUUCGUGAAGGUGGCAUUCCCCCUCAAGCCUUCAUUCUUGCAUGGGGACUAUGAGCCUCGCCGUUUUCUGCAGAGCUUCAUCCCUCCGCCAGACCGAAUGGAGAUAAGUUCGGCCGCCUCGAAAGACCUCGCCUCCACUCUCUUGCUCGAGUUGGGCUCAGUGGCCAUGCGCGCCCCAGAGCUGGUGGAGCGCUUCGAGUGGUAUGUGGCGGAGAAGGCAAAAGGCGAAGAGGAGCUUCGGAGGUUGCAGGAGCACGUGGCUGGCCUCGAGGGGGAGCUUGCUGAUGCCGAGGAGCGGGCUCGCACUGCUGCUGAGGAGAAGGUACGCCGCCUGGACGAGGAAGCCGAGCACGUGGUCGAGGCCUUUCAGACCUCCCCCGAGUUCGAGGAGGCGGCUCUCGCCCGCAUGGACGAUCUCCUAAAGAUCUGGGCUCGAACUCCCGCCGGCCAACGUUUCCUCUUCAAAGAGGGGCAAGCCAAUUACUCCAUGGACGUGCUAGCCUCGCCUCGUCGCCUAACCGAGGACGAGCGCAGUCAUUAUUUUGAGCGUGAACGUUUGACCUCCAUCCGGGUAUGGCCUGCGCUCGGCUUCCCUCCCAGGGAGGAGCGUCGAGUGCGGAUGUUUGACCUUCGUCCGGGAAGAACAUCCGGUUAUGGUCUGUGCUCGGCCUUCCUCCUGAGGAGGAGGAGCGCCGAGCACGAGUGUUUGACCUCCAUCUGGGAAGAACAUCCAGGUAGGGUCUGCGCUAGGAGGAAGACCGAGCACGAGUGUUUGACCUUCAUCCGGGAAGAACAUCCGGGUAUGGUCUGCGCUCGGCCUUCCUCCUGAGGGGGAGCGCCGAGCACGAGUGUUUGACCUCCAUCCGGGAAGAACAUCCGGGUAUGGUCUGCGCUCGGUCUUCCUCCUGAGGAGGAGGGCCGAGGACGAGUGUUUGACCUUCAUCCGGGAAGAACAUCCGGG